AUGGAUGAUUUGAAAAUCGAAUCUUCUAGACGGAAAAAGCCAAGAUCUUUUAAUUCGUUUCUAUCGAUUGCAAAUCUAUCGUCAAAUGAUGGGAGUUCAAGGAAUUCAAUAAGCUCCAUUAAAUCCGCUAUUAGUAAUAUUCUUGGAUUUAAAAGUAGAAGAACGCAGGAACAACAACCCCCUAUAGAUUUAGAAUUCGAAGUUAAUAAAGAAAGAUCCGCUUCUCAUGUUGCCAUAAGUCCUGAUGGUCAAUAUAUUUGUACCUUUGAUUAUAAAAAGCUCGAAUUCAAUAUUUUCCAUUCGAUUACGGGCAUUAGUUAUUCGGAUGACAUUGUAGACCCUACGUAUAAAUUCGUAAAGAUUCCGAAUCUAAAUGCAUCAAAUGAUCAAUUGAAUCCUUAUAAAAUUGACACGAGUGAACUAUAUGAAUACGCGUCAAUUGGAAGAUUACGAGAAGAAUUGAGAAAGACUUCAAGUUCUGAACAACAACCAAAUUUAAACAUUCCAAAAUCAGAAAAUUAUUUGAAUGUUCCAAAUUAUUUAAACGAGAAAUCUAAUGGAAUUAGUUUAGAAAAUAUAACAAUGAAACAAAGCCAAGAAAAAUAUGAAGAAGAAUUAUCUAGAAUAUUUCCAUCAUGGUCUCUAUCAAUAUCAAAUAUAAUGGAACAUCAAGGUGAACACGUGAUAUUUGUCGCAGUAUCAGCUAUUAUUGAAACAGACAUGAAGAAAAAAAGGACAGCCGAAGAAGAUGAAGUAGUUAGAAUACUUAAUCCAAAUUUAAACAGAUAUAAUAGUGAUGAAUAUGCAAAUUUCAACAACAGGAUUCCGGAAAGUGUAUCCGAUGAUCCUCCCGAUUUUGAAGAAAUUGUAGUGCCCAAGUUUGACAAGGCCGAAGGUAGAACGGAAAUAUAUCGGAUCGUUUUUGAUAAAUGUAAUCACGAUUUAAUUCAAAAGCCUGGUGUUGUUAAGGAAUUCAUUUGUCACAAUCUUGGCGGAAUUAUAAUGUUUGUGGAAGGAGGAUCUGACGUUCAAGAUUUUCAAAGUUUUGAACAGGAUUAUUAUUUGACUAAAAUGUUGGCAACAAGUUGCAUCAUAAUUAACGCUGAAGGAAUUUUUAAGGUUAAUUAUUUUGAAAAACGCGGAGAAAAGCUCACUUUUAAUUCGAAAUUCAGUGUAGAAAGAUUUUCUUUUCCUAAAAGAUUGGAAAAAGAAUUAAAAGCUUGGUAUAAAUCAAAACAUUGUUUGGAUCGUCUGUGGUCAUGUAUUUAUCAUCAUUAUUUCUUUGUAGACCAAUAUAAAGACGGAGUUCAUACGAUAGAAAUGUACAAUCUUUCAACGAUGGAACAAAUGCAAAUUUUUAUAAAUCGACAUGAGGAGAGUGUACAACAUACCGCAAGUCAUAUAUCAUCCGUAUUCGCGGUUUCACAAAAUAAACAAUUGGUCGCUUGUAGUAACGGCGAAAAAUCUGUAACAUUGUUUUGGAUCGAAAAUGGCCUUGAUAUAGGUACAAUAGAACUUGGGAUUGAGACGCGAAUUCUUUUUUUGGAAUUUAUUGAUAAAGAUGAGAAAUUACUUAUCAUUACCGAAGAAGAAGUAUUUUUGGAUGUCAAAGAAGAAUCCAAAGCCACGAAUGGUGAGAAUCCCAUCGCGUUAACUGUAAUUGUAGAAGAGGAUGUGGAUGAUUCAGAUAACAAAGGUAAACAACAAAUACCGAUUGAAAAAGAAAACUCAUAUUAUAACGAUGUCGAGCCUAAUAGGGUGACAAAAGUUAAAAUAUGGGAUUUGUUUAGUUCAUCGGACGAUGCUGUUCGUACCGGAAUGUCGGGUGAUUUAUUUCCAUCAAAAGACAAUUAUCAUUCUCAUAUGGCACGAAUCCCUAGUAAACUUUAUCGUAUGAAAGAUGAUGGUAGCUUGUUUUCGAUUAUUGAACAUGACGGAUUUGUAAAUCUUGUAAAUGGAGUAGAAACAGAUGCAACGAUUUUGUUCGGCUGUACUAUAUUUCAAGCAUUCGAAACUACGCCAGAUCAGGAAGAAAAUAUGCCAUACGUAUAUUCUAAGCAUGAAGAAGAUACAAAAUUACACAAGAUAUUUCGUCGUAAGAUGCCAAGUGAUGUUCAUAAAGCUAUAGUUGACAAUAAGGAACCAUGGGUUGAUAUAAAUAACUAUCGUCGCAUUUCAGCAUACCUUGACGCGGAUGAAACGAUACAGCUUAUAAUUGGACAUAGCACAGUGCAAGUUUGGCGAAACUUACCAAGACAGAAAAAAGAUAAAAAAGAGGGGUUCAAUCUACCAAAGAAAGAACCUGUCCUUGAAUAUAUUUGGGCAAAUAACAUUCCAACAGAGCAUGAUACCGAAGAUUCAAGGUUACAAUUACAAGAAUUAUGGGUUGGCGAUUAUGCAUUUUCUCUUACGGUUUCUUGGCAAUAUUGGGAGGGGGGAAUAGUGACGAGCUAUUAUAAGAGACUUUCGUUUCCUUGCAAAGAUGGUCAUGUAACUCCUGUUUUACAUGCUUGCGAAACCCUUGAGCAUUUGAAUAAACGAAAUAACAAAAUAAUAGAUUACAAAAAAAUGGUAGAAUUUGAACAGAUUGUCGAAAAAACAAGUAGAAUUGUAUGGAGAUUCAUAAAGAAAAAACCAAAGAUCUUUAAGAUGAUGGAUGUUCGAUAUAACGUGUUGUCCAGUUUAAUACGAGGGGGUUGUUAUUACUUAGUAAAGACUGCUCUUUUUGGCGAUAUGACGUUAGAAGAGCUUAAAGCCGAGAAAAAGAAUUCAAAGAAAUUGAAGAAAGAUGAUGAUGUUAAAAAUGGUACUCAUAAAUAUAAGCAUAUAUUACAUAUUCCAAGGUCCAAGGAAUGGAUUAGCGAUAUUUCACCACCCAAAGGAAAUAAACCCAAAUAUAAUAAGAAAUCUUCUGGUUUUUAUCAUCGGUUUAUCUCAUUUUUAUCUGAAAUAAUUGUUUGGUUUUAUAAGUUGAUAAAAUGUAAAAAGAAAAGGAACAAUAAUGGAAUCGAAGAGCAAUCAAAGACUAAGAUAAGAAUGCCAACUACUGAUUUAGAAUGGGCAAUUGAAUACUGUAAAGGCAGAGAAAGAAAAGAUGCAAUUAUGGUCGGUUAUUUGCUAGAAUAUUAUUCUGAAAAUGCAUUACAUCAUAUUGGCUGGAUGAUAACAAUUUCAAAAGCAUUGCCGUUACUGUAUAGAUACAAUUUAGAUUACUAUGUAAAAGCAUUAUUUUAUAAAGAAUGCUUUGCUGACAAGGAGCUUGGAACAGAGUAUGAUGCCUCCGAAAUAAUUCCUGAACAUAGCAAACCAAGGAGAAAUAAAAUACAAGAUUUUAAAGCUUUUAAACCGAAUACUACACUAGUUUCAGAUAAAAAUCAUAAGCCAACACUCCAAGUCAUAUUUGAAUUUAUCACUGUUAAGUUACCAAGAUAUUACACAGAUUUUGUUGAUAACUUUGAUAAUGAUCUUGCGCCUCCUCCUAUAGCAUUAAGGGUCGUUCCGUUGCCGAAUUUUACAGUUCAUAAUAUUCCAAAAGCUCGCGUCAGUUAUGAUUGGAAAUCAAAUUUAUUAAGACUUUUAAAAAUAUUAAUUAUUCCUAGAGGUUAUGUAAUAGGCAGAGAGGAUAAAAGAUUAUUAACAUACGCAAUUUGUUUUGGUGUAAUAAGUUGGGCUUAUAUGUCAAAACUCGAAACUACGGGACAUAUUAAAGGGUUACUGAUCGCUGUAAUAGCGUGUUUUUAUUAUUUGGCUUAUUAUUUAAUAGCUGUCGAAGUUUUGCAGGCAUUGCAUCAUGGUUUUAGAGAAUCUUUAAGUGUUAGUAAUAUGUUUGAUAUAAUUUCAAUUAUUACUCCUUGCAUAGUUAUGUCAAUCUUCGUUGCAAGUUCAUUGAAGCCGAAUGGGUUUGUAGAAGUUGAAACCAGCACUGGGGUUGUCACCGGAAUUUCCUUUACAAUGUUAUUACUUUGGUGUGAAUUGCUUUUAUAUUUAAGAUUAUUAUCAGUUUUCUUAUUAUUAUCAAAUCCAGAUAUAAAUGUAAUCAAACCAAAACUAGAAGAUUUUAAUUUAUUAAAUGCAGACGAUACGCUGACAGGGUUAAAAAUGGAAACGAUUUUUGAUCCAACGUCAAGUGAUGAUAAUCCGUUCGCAAGUUUUUUAUCAUCGGUUCAAGCGGCAUAUUUUUGGAUUAAUGGUUAUUGGAGUCAGAAGGAUGAUUUUGAUUAUUGGGCCAUUGAAAUAUUGUCAUUAUUUGCAAGUCUCUUAUUGGUUACCGUAUUGCAAAACAUGCUGAUUGCUUUUAUGGGCGGUGUGUAUGGAGAAGCGGCAGAGAAAGGAAGAGAUGCAUUGUUAAGGUACAGAGCAACGCUCAUCUCAGAUUAUGAAGCGUUAGAGGAUGUAAGAUUUUGGCCACCGGAACCAGAUCCGGAAUAUAUAUUUUAUGUAGGACAUUCGAGAAGUUUUGAGGAUUGGUCAGAGGGAAGGAAGGAUUUUAGAGGGUGCAUGUAUCAAAGAUAUGAGAAUAGGGCAUCAUAUAAAAAGUAUAAAUUUAAGGAGGAUCCAAGUGACAAAUUUUCUUUAUUGAAAUAUGAAAUGGAUAAGAAGUGCAAUACUUCAUCAAUAACUUCUGCUCCUUCUAUGCCGAACGAGCUUGGUAUUACUAUACCUUUGGAUGAAAGCUUUAAAGAAUUUCAACAGAGUUUAAAUAAUAGAUUGGCCAACACGGAUCAAAAGAUCGAUACCAAAAUAGUUGAAUUACAAACAAACAUGCAGGAAAUGUUUAUAGAAAUUAUGGAAAAAUUAGAAAAGAUUGAAAAUAAACGAGAGUCAUAG